ACGGCUAGAAAAUGGCUUAGAAUUUGCGGAAUUUUAGCUUCUUUAGCUUAUAUUAUCCAAUGUAGCAGUUCAGAAUCGACUGAGCAUUUUGAAUUGAGAAGCCACAGUGAGGGGAAGGCUGUAGGGGACGGGGAGGACGCAUACGAGGAUGGUCCUUGUUUGAUAGGCCUCACUGAAGGGCUGACAAGACUCGACGGAGUGAAGGUUGGUCAUGUGAUAGAGAAGGACUUGGGCGAUAAGACGGUCAAAAUGAUCACACGUGCCAUGAAGCCACCAAUCUUUGAGAUUCCGAACUUUCUCUCUGAUGAAGAAUGUGACCACAUCGUCAAUCUUGCUGAGAAACAAAAAAUGCUCAACAGUAUGGCAAGAGGUGGUUUGACCAAACUAGAAGAUACAGUGAUACCCCAGAUAGAAAACGGCAAGUCAAGUGGUCCUGCGGGACGUUUUUACGAAUGGGAUGACAAUCACGAUGGGAUCAUCACACUUGCUGAGGUUGCGCUGUUUGCUAAAAAGCAUCAUUUCCUUGUAGUCAGCAAAAAGGAGAUCCUAGACAUGUUACAUAUAAUAAAUGUGUCAGAAAUGGACGAUGGGAAAAUUACGUUUGAAGAAUUCCAGACACUAAAUACACAUGGUAUUGAUGGGAUCAUGCACGUAACUGGUCUUACUCACCCGAAACACAGACAUCGAUACAGUGAGCAGACUUGGAUUGACCAGAGAAAAGACAAACAUGAUCCUGUGCUGAAUGCUCUGCAGGAAAGAAUACUGAAACUGACUGGGCUUAGUAAAGAAAUUAUAUAUGGCAGUGAGAGAAUCCAGGUUGUACGGUACGCAGCGCAAGGGCAUUACCACGCUCACUACGACUCAGAAACCCACACGAGAACAGACGCUCCUUGCUGUCAUCAAGUGGAAGAUAUUAGCAAAAUCUUUAGUUUUCAAAAUCCUUGUCGACUCUGCAGAUACAUCACGAUACUGUAUUAUUUGAAUGAUGUGAAGGACGGAGGAGAGACUGCUUUCCCUGUGGCAGACAACGCAACACUCAACAGAACGUACAUGGAAAUGUCACGUGCCGAAUACGACCACUACAACCUGAACGAGAACUGCAAGAACAGUAACCUGGUGAUCAAACCCAAGAAAGGUCUCGCUGUGGUGUGGUACAACCAUCUGAGAGACGAGAAGAGUGGAUGGAUGGGAGCUAUGGACGACUACAGUUUACACGGUGGCUGUAGUGUAAACCAGGGAAUUAAAUGGAUCGCUAAUAACUGGAUCACAGCACCUUAUCCUGAUACGUAUCUUAAAAAGAGUAUAUGGUUUAGUUCUGUUGACUAUGAAAACGAGAAAAAAUGAAACAAAUAAUCAUUAAUAGAAUUCUAAUGGUGCCAGCAGUAGGCCCCUUGCAGUCCGUUGGAAUGCAGCUCAAUCUGGGGGACAAAGCAGUAGGUUCCAAUAGGCCCUUUGCAGCUCAGUAAUCACGUGCUGAUUAAUUCACUGAGAGCAAAUGAAUGAACAUCUUGA